AUGCAAUUGCUGUUCAUUGGCUCGAGCAGAUCUUCAAUGUUCACAGUCAAUGCGGUCAAGGAGAAGAGUGGCGACUUCUCCUUCUCGAUGGACAUAGCUCCCAUGUAUCAAGCAUAUUCGUCGACGCCUCUUGGGCCAGGGGCCUCGCACCCAUUUGCUUUCCUCCUCAUGUCACUCACAUCGUGCAGCAAGUCGACAGAGCCCCUUUCUGCAGCUCUUGACUAUUUGCCUGGAUGCAACAUCAUCUACAACGGCCCGAACUCCGGGCGAGGAUUACGACCGGGCUGUGACCCGAGCAAAGUCCCUGUGAUGCCUUGGAGCAAAAUCUUCGGGAAGAACGCGAUCAGCAUCAGCACCAAGUCCAAGAUGAGCAUGUCUUCGAUAUCCAAGACGACCAGUUCCAAGAGCCAAUCCACGAGUACGACCAACUCCAAGCCUGGUACGACGGCCAAGAAAGAAAAGCUGACUUCGACUCGCGAGAAACGCCAUCCCACUAGGUUGACUUUGGGUCACUGA